AUGUACACAACAGACACCCUCCCAACAAGCUUCUGCAUAGCUCAAGCAAUCGGCCUCAGCGGCGCCGCUUGGCUCUCGGGAAACAUCUUCUCUCUAUCCCUAAUGACAAUCCCAGCUCUCCUGCAAUCCCACAAAGAGCAUAGGAUCCCUCUAUCAACUAUCACCAAACAAUGGGCCCUCGUCUAUGAAACGGGCAAAAACCGCGCUCCCCCGAUCGCUCUCUUCACCGCCACCACCCUCUUGUAUCUAUCCUGGGAGACGAGAGCACAGAGCACAUUGGCAGCGAUCGUACCACGGGGAGCAACCACUACGUAUGCGAUUGCUGCUGCAUUGACGAUUGCCAUUGUGCCGUGGACUAUUCUGGCUAUGAAGGGCACGAAUGAUGCUUUGAUGGAGAAGGCCAAGGUGGGCGUGCAGGAGGAGAAGAAUCCUCAGGAGGGCGAGAGGGUGUUGGGAUUGUUGGAUAGGUGGGCGUUGCUUAAUGGUGCGAGGGCUAUGUGGCCUCUCGCUGGGUUUUUGGUGGGUUUGUUGGCAGUUGUGCCUUGA